AUGCCCGCACUCGAACUUGAUCCAUCACUGGAAGCGACAUGCACCAGCUGCGACUUUGCCGAAGAUCUGAGCAACUACUGGACUGCAAACCUAUACUUCAAGGCUAGGAACGGGACGUUCAAGCGCGUGCCGCAGAUGGUCAACUUAGGACUGAACGGAAGGGAGGGUGUUACAGUGUACUACAUCCCACCCUACGAUGGCAAAUCCACAGUAACUGCAUUUCCAAAGGGCUUCCGCAUGCUCGUCGGCGACCCCGGCCUACGCGUCCAUCAAGGCCAACAAAAACAACUCUGCCACCGCUGCUUCAGCAACAAACAACAAGACCCCUUCGGCGGCGCUCCAUGCACCGGCGCAGAUACCUUCGACCUACCUCACGCCACCUGCGGUGGUGGCAUCCGCACAACCAUCACAUUCCCCACAUGCUGGAACGGCAAAGACCUCGACAGCCCCAACCACAAAGAUCACGUCGCAUACCCAUCCAGCGGCUCCUUUGAGUCCGGUGGUCCAUGUCCAUCUACCCAUCCAGUGAAGAUGCCCCAGCUUAUGUACGAAGUUAUGUGGGAUACUACUCCCUUCAACGACAAGAGCAUUUGGCCUGAAGACGGGUCGCAGCCGUUUGUGUACUCGAUGGGCGAUGGCACUGGGUAUGGGCAGCAUGGCGACUACGUGUUCGGAUGGAAAGAGGGUGCGCUGCAGAAAGCAAUGGAUCAGAGGUGCUUUGGAAACACGUGUACGGGGUUGAAUACGCAGAGCGCGGAUGUUUCGACGGGGUGUGAGGUUGGGCAGACGGUCAAGGAACCUGUUGAUGAGUGUAAGUUAUCCUGGAGUGUAUAUGUCUUUCUACUGGGAUUUGGCUAA